AUGGACGCCGCGGAAGAGCACGAGAACGACUACCUGCGCUUCUUGCGCGGCAUGCGCCCAGAAGACGAUGACAUCCAGUCUUCUUUACCGGAUCUGUCAACGACGCAGCCAUCCGAGUUGGACUUCCGCACGUCGUUCGUCGAGUCGGACGGACUCACGGAGAUGGACCAGGACGGGGCUGAAUUUGCCAGGAUGCUGCUGGCCCAGGCCGAACAAGAGCAAAAGGAUUCAGAGGCGGAGGAGGCUGUUGCGGCAGCGCCCAUUUCGCCGGACGAGGCGGUCGGUGUCGUAAGUAAAUUGCUGCAGCUUUCGCCUGUGCAACUGAGGGCAGACGAUGGUCGGACCGACCGACUAAUGGAGCCAACAAAUCUAGCAGCGGAGGCGAUCGGUCCUGUCACAUCGAAGAAUCGAUGCCGAUACUACAACAAAGAGCGCAUACGAUGUAUACGUGCGGCGACAGGACUAGACGGACGCUGUGCAACGCACAAGAUUAGCCAGUUCUGCAAACACCCGAAGUGCGGCAAGUACAGCCAAGGAGUCGGCUACUGUAUAAAGCACGGCGGUGGGAAGAAGUGCAAAAAGGAAGGUUGUGACAAACAGGUCCAGGGAUACGGCUUUUGCUCCGGACAUGGCGGAAAACCGCUGUGUUCUGUCGAUGGCUGUGAGAAGAAACGGAUGGAAGGAGGGUAUUGUAAAGCACACGGCGGUGGUAGAUUUUGCCAGCACGAGGGUUGCUCAAGACGAGAUAUCGGUGGCGGUCGCUGCAUCUCGCACGGUGGCGGGAAGAAGUGUCAGUCAAAAGACUGCACAAAAGUUGACCGAGGUGGUGGUUUCUGCAAAGCGCACGGCGGCGGCAAAAAGUGCGAGGCUGAUAACUGCAAGAAUUGGGCACUUGGUGGAGGCAUUUGUUUGGAGCACAAGGGUCCAGGCAAGCGCUGCAAAACAGCAGGAUGCACAAAGUACGACCUCGGUGGCGGCCACUGCAUUGCCCAUGGCGGUGGACGCAAGUGUGUCGUGGAAGGUUGCAACAAGAUUCGUCAGGUAAACAAGCGCUGCCGUGGUCACGGUGGCAAGGUCAUGUGCAGCGUGAUCAAUUGUGACCGCGCAGCUCAGAACCGCAAACUGUGCAAAGCCCACGGAGGUAGUAAGCUGUGUCAACACGAGGGAUGCACGAACAAGCAGAAAGGCAAAGGAUUUUGCAUUCGUCAUGGCGGUGGCACAAAGUGCAAGGAGCAUAGCUGUAGCGCAGUCGAUCGUGGCGGGGGCUAUUGCAAGGGCCAUGGCGGGGGCAAGAAGUGCUCAUAUGCGUACUGCAACGUGUGGGUCAUUGGUGGUGGCUACUGCGACGAGCACAUCAAUUUGGAGCUUUCUCAUUUGCCCGAAGAGGUUCCACGCAUUUCGCCGAGCUCAUAUGUACUAAGCGAGUCAGUCGCGACAAUCUAG